AUUUCCUUUGGGAUUCGCGAUGGACAAUGUGACGCUGGUUCGUAAUCUUGGUCAUCGGAUUCAGAUGCGGAUCGUUCCUGAUCCCGAAUUCGCUCCCUUCAAAGGUACUGAUCUAACAACAUUACUCGAGUUCAUACACCGCCUUCUGUGGGAAGAUAAUGGCUGGACGCAUUCGCCUUCACUCUAUGCGUCUACUCUACCGGUCACCCUGGCUCAGUUUGAUGCUCUGCUUAGCUGUAAACAGUUUGUGUUCUCGAUCGUAGAAACGGCCGAAUCCGAAUCAGGGAUGUCGUUGAGUGAGAAGUCGAUGCUUUCGUCACUGCUGAUCGCCGUACUGCUACGGAACUUCCAGUACUGUACCGAUGUCGUUCUAUCGCUUCUGAGGGCUCAUAUUGCUAAAAGCGUUCA